AUGACAAAAAUUUUAAAUGCAUCAAUAACAAAAAUUGUGAUAUUACUACUACUAGUUAUAACACCAAUUCAAGCAUCAAGAGGAGAUACAUUAUCAGAAUUUACAGAAUGUUUAGAUUCUUGUGAUUGUUCAACAAUUCCUUACAAAUAUAAAAUUAUACUAUGGUCAUGUUCAUCAAAUUGUAAUUAUUAUUGUCAACAAUUGGUGACUAAUCAAAGAACAGCCAAAGGAUAUGAAAUGGUUCAAUUUUAUGGAAAAUGGCCAUUUGUUGCAAUUUUUGGAAUUCAAGAAUUUUUUUCAACAUUAUUUAGUUUUGGAAAUUUUAUAGUAAAUUAUUGGAAUUUUAAAAUUAUUUAUAAACAAUUUGUUAUAAAUCAUGAUGAUGAAAUUAAGACAAUUUAUUUUCAAUAUCUAGUACUACUUGUUGUUAGUAUGAUUGGUUGGAUAUUUAGUAUAAUUUUUCAUAUAAAAGAUUUAUCAAUUACAGAAACUUUAGAUUAUUUUGGAGCAUUUGCAAUAAUUUUAUCAAAUUUAAAUGUUAUUGUAGUUAGAUAUUUUGAGUUAUUUCGAAGUGAUAAAAGACGAGUGUUAAGAAUUUGGCAGUUGUUUUUGGUAGUUACUUAUUUAUUUCAUAUUUUAAAAUUAUUAAAUUAUUGGGAUUAUUCAUAUAAUAUGAAAAUUAAUAUGGUUUUCGGGGUGCUUGCAAUGAUAUUUUGGAUACUUCAUAACCUAAAAGUAUCUAAACUUUACCGAGCUAAUGAAAAAUUAUUAAAAAAUUCAAUUCAAUUAAUACCAUUUGAAAAUAAAUUACAAAUAAAAUUAAAUUCAAUUUUGAAAAUUCUACAAAUAAAUAAUAAUUUAAAACAUAAAAUUAUCCUAAAUUUACCAAUUUUCAAUAAUUUAAUAUUAAUUUUAGGAAUCAUUUUAGAAAUUAAUGAUUUUGAACCAUGGUUUAGACUUAUUGAUGCUCAUUCUUUAUGGCAUUUAUUAACUAUGAUACCAAAUUUAAUUUGGUAUGAUUGGAAUAUUUGGGAUAUUGAAAUUUUGAAAAUUUUAAAAAAGAAUUAG